UCCUGUCCUCAUCCCCCCUCUCCUCUAUUCUCCUUUUCUCUCUCCUCCCUAUAGGGAUCCCAUCUAUUAAGGUUACCUCUGCAGGAUCAGUGAGGAGCGCCCCUUCUGGUUACUCUCCUAACCGCACUGCUGCGUCUGGCCUGACUAGUCCUCCUUUAGGGCUAAAACACGCACGCACGCACGCGUCAAUAAAUCCUGUCAAUAUGUAACACACUAUAAAUGUGUGAACUGAACUGACUCAGCACUGUCUCUCAGCAGGGGGACUCAACAACAGGAAAGCAGACAACUCCAACUCCAGGAACGAUGCUAAACACGACAACGAUGUGGAUAAUGGUGGAAUGAUGACAAUGUUCAGCCAUGAGUGUGGAUCCCAGUACCCUGUAGACUGGGCCAAGUUCUGUUAUGAGUGUGUAUCCAAGUACCCUGUAGACUGGGCCAAGUUCUGUUGUGAGUGUGGAUCCCAGUACCCUGUAGACUGGGCCAAGUUCUGUUGUGAGUGUGUAUCCAAGUACCCUGUAGACUGGGCCAAGUUCUGUUGUGAGUGUGGAUCCCAGUACCCUGUAGACUGGGCCAAGUUCUGUUAUGAGUGUGUAUCCAAGUACCCUGUAGACUGGGCCAAGUUCUGUUGUGAGUGUGUAUCCAAGUACCCUGUAGACUGGGCCAAGUUCUGUUGUGAGUGUGUAUCCAAGUACCCUGUAGACUGGGCCAAGUUCUGUUGUGAGUGUGGAUCCAAGUACCCUGUAGACUGGGCCAAGUUCUGUUGUGAGUGUGGAUCCCAGUACCCUGUAGACUGGGCCAAGUUCUGUUAUGAGUGUGUAUCCAAGUACCCUGUAGACUGGGCCAAGUUCUGUUGUGAGUGUGUAUCCAAGUACCCUGUAGACUGGGCCAAGUUCUGUUGUGAGUGUGUAUCCAAGUACCCUGUAGACUGGGCCAAGUUCUGUUGUGAGUGUGGAUCCAAGUACCCUGUAGACUGGGCCAAGUUCUGUUGUGAGUGUGGAUCCCAGUACCCUGUAGACUGGGCCAAGUUCUGAUGAGAGGAGAGAUAGAAGGGAGGACGAGGAUAGAAGAAAAGAGAAGUGGGGAGGAGAAAAAUAGGAAAUGAAAUUGAAGGGGAGUAGUUUACUGGAACCUUGGGCUAUAUUGGUGUUAUGACACAUAAUACUGUUACCUAGCUAAAAUAGCACAAGGCCAGACAGAUAUUUUUUGGGGGUCCUAACAUCACAGUCAAUUUGGCAUCAGUUGCCAUAACUUUUUAUGACAUUGUUAGGACAGGGUUAUGUUGGCUUAAUUUCCACUAUAAACAUGAGUCCAUCCAGUCUCUAUGAACCAUGGUCUAUAAACCCUCUCCAAUGGAACUCACACUCUCAUCCCAUUCACUCCCUCCCCUACCGUUUCUCUUCUGCAUUACUUAUUCAAUGUGUUACUAUUGAAGUGCAAUAUGAUUGACUACUGAUUUUUUUUUUAAUAGUUUCAUUUUUUUAUAAUGAAGCUGAAUGGAAUGUGUCAUUUGUGCUAAGGGGAUGCAUUAUUUUCAUUGGGUCAUGAGUAGAAUGAAAUGUUAUGUAUUUGGCAAAUACAUUAUUUUCACUGGGACCAAUGUGAGGCCAUUGCUGUUAAAUAGUUGUGGUACAGGUCAGGGUUUUAAAGUCCACCAUUUCAAUACACCAUACAACAUAUACAACACAAAGCUUUGAAAUGGGCUGUAAUUCAAUCCCUAAUAUUUCCACAUACAGUUGAAGUCGGAAGUUUACGUACACUUAGGUUGGAGU